AUGGCCUAUCUCCGGGAGGAGCCUCUAGCAGCCGGCCUGCUCACUGCGCUCGUGUCCUCCGUUGCGUCUACGCCGACCUCUACGUCUUUCGCUACGUCCGUUUCAUCCGCGCCGAAUCCUUCUUCUACGUCCGAUCCCGGAAAGGGCGAUGGCGGCGGAUCGAGCCUACAUGAGUGGUCAUCACUGAUCGGUAUCAUAACUGCGCUGGCCGGGAAUGUGUUGAUCUCCUUGGCUCUGAACAUCCAAAGAUACGCACAUAUCAGGAUAGCGAGGGAAUUGGAACAUGACAAACAACAACAGGAACUGGACUGGAAACGCGCAAACCCCAGUCGAGCGAACUCGGGAUCUUACGAUGCGGUUUCGGAUCAUGAUCGGCUGAACGGUCAACGUGGACGGGACCAGACCAAACGGUUUGGUCGAUAUCGGGACGAGUCGCCGGAUGCUCCGUACCAUGACCAGCCUCACAUCGACGUUGGACCGGAUGACGAGAUGGCGGACGACGCUUCAGACACCCACGAUCAGAUGCAGGAGUCCUUUUCGUCGGAUAGGACGGCGCGACCGGGAGAGAAAGAUCUACGUCGUAAAUCCUACCUGCGAUCCCCGUACUGGUGGGUUGGCAUCGUGCUGAUGUGCUUGGGCGAGGUGGGAAACUUCAUGGCCUACGGAUUUGCCCCGGCAUCGAUUGUGUCUCCCCUCGGCGUGGUCGCCUUGAUCUCGAACUGCGUCAUUGCUCCGUUCAUGCUGAAGGAGAAAUUCCGAACGCGUGACUAUUGGGGCGUCCUGGUUUCAAUCGCUGGGGCUGUGGUGGUUGUCCUCAGCGCGAAAUCGUCCGAGGAGAAAAUCGGCCCUCACGAUAUCUGGGUGAUGAUCACGCGGUGGGAGUUUGAGCUGUACUUGGGCCUUACUGCAGGAUUAAUUGUCGGCCUCAUGUGGGCGAGCGGCAAACACGGGGCACGAAAUAUUCUAAUCGAUGUCGGUCUGGUGGCUCUAUUUGGUGGAUAUACGGCUCUAUCAACCAAAGGUGUAUCCUCGCUCUUAUCCUUCACUCUGUGGCAUGUGAUUACCUUCCCGAUCACUUAUCUGCUGGUCCUGGUGCUCGUUUUCAGUGCUCUCAUGCAAAUCCGGUACAUCAACCGAGCCCUGCAACGAUUCGACUCCACCCAGGUCAUCCCCACGCAGUUUGUUCUGUUCACGCUCUCGGUUAUCAUUGGUAGUGCCGUGCUCUACCGGGAUUUCCAAUCAUAUAGCGUCGCGCGAGCUGCAAAAUUCGUAGGUGGCUGUCUCUUGACUUUCCUUGGCGUGUACUUUAUCACAAGUGGCCGAGUCAGGGCCGACGACGAGUCGUCCUAUUCCGCAGAAGAUGAAGAAGAAACGAUCGGUCUGUUUGGGGGAGAUCGGUACCGGGACCAUGUCGACAUGUCGCCUCCUGCACGCCAUUUUAGAGUCCACGAGACUGGCCAAAAGAUUCCUGAAGAACAUGACGAACUGCGAUCUCCAGCCGGAUCGUUCAUCAGUCGUGGAAUCGAAGAUCUUGACGAAGGCCAAUCGGUUAGAUCGCUGACAGCUGAAUCAACCCAAGCAUCUCCCGCGCCCUCGCCGUUCCAUUCCGAGUCUCUCUUAACGAACCCGUGGGCCGAUGUUCAAAGGCCAGGAAUCGAUACGCACAAGUCCGAGCCGCAGAUCCCUCGUCCCUCCACUCCGGAACAGGAACAAUCGGACUCGACUGUCCUUCUCCGCUUCCCUCCGGCCCCCGGUGCCGAAGAACAGGGACCUCCCAAGACAGCCAGCGCUGCCGAGCCUGAACAGCCCAAGCCCCAGAACACCCUCGUCCCUCAAACGCCACCCGCACGCCGACUGCGCAACUCCAUCUCAUCUCGUUUCUCCCCGGGUCCUCUUCUCCCGACUAUCUCGGCCGGCUUCAGUGCCGUGGUUGCCGAAUCUCUUCGUCGCGGCGAGACCAGUCCUGUGAAGGAACGGAAACAUCGACGAAGAGAACGAGGGAAGCAUCUUAGCACAACUGUCCUAGACGGAUACCUCCGCAACCGCGAUUCGGACACUCGGGCUCCUGUUGAUGCUGAAGCUAGCAAUCAGCCCAGCACUGCGGACGGUGCUUUCGACGCUCGAUUUGCGCUAGCUACGGCCCGUCUUCACUCCACCGGUGAUCUGGCUACCGCUCCUGUGACCCCUGGGCUUGAUGGCGGCGAGAUCCGCCACCCUUCCCAGGGCGACGAGAUUGCCUCGCUCUCGAGGCUGCGGAGUCUGAGUGACUCGUGGAGCGGAGGACUGUCCUGGCUUGGCAACACGCUUCGCAGACAGGACGGGAAUGCUCAACCAGACAGCCAGUCUCAGGGACAGGGACAAGGAGCGCAUGCCCAUGAUCAGUCGUCAACCGGCGAACAAGCACAAACACCAAACCAACAGCACAAUCAACAAAAUACAGACCUCUCAGACCGUGUAUAG